AUGGCUAUUUUUGGAGAAAGGCUGUUUCUAAGCUUUACUAUUGAUUCCGUUUUUGAAUUUCCCGUCUCACUGGUGUGGCUGCCUACGAGCGGCACGUCGACUGGAUCUCCGACGCUUGCUCCUUUCCCAUCCUGGGAUUUACACAAAGAAGACAACUGCGACACUAUUCAGAUGGCCAGAGGGUUGCAAACGGACACUGAUGGUCGCUUGUGGGUGAUUGAUAACGGCAACGUUUUUUGUCCGAGCAAAAUUUGGAUAUUCAACCUGCUCAACAACGACACAAUCGAGCACGUUCACCAGUUCCCGGACACAGUCAUCUCUGGUUCAAGGUUGCUGGGCGAAGUGGUGCUCGAAAAAACGCCAGACGAUUACCGGGCGUACAUCACGGACUCUAGAUCUAUGAACAUCGUCGUUUACAGCCGAAAAUCCGACAAAUCCUGGGGAACGAGACAGUUGUACCUUGGAAGAUCUGGUUUCGAAGGACUGCAUUCAGUGUCUCUGUCUGAGCUGCAGAAUGAAGGUGGAACAGCUACUCUGACAACAAUCGGCAAAUGGAGUGGAAGACCUCACAGAAUAAUAAUCGACACUGCCAAUAUCUUGUAUGCCGCCUUUUACGACAAGAAUUUCCUCUCCACGUGGAAUAUUUUGGAGCCCUUUAGUAAGAAGCAAUUUCAUCAGGAGUUAUAA